UCGCGGGCGCGGGGCGCGCGAGGGCCGAGGAGCGACCGACGUCGCGAUGGCGGGUUUCGCGGACGGCCGCCUCGUGCGCGUCCGCCUCGCGUGCAAGACGGAGCACGUCAGCAUCGACUGGGACGGAACCUACGCGGACCUCGCGAGGGAGUUCGCGGAGGCGUUCGUCGCGGACACGAACGCGCCGCGCGGGUUGGAGCUCCUGGACGAGGACGAGGAGUGCCGCGCGCGCGCGAAGCGCGCGUUCCGUCUGCGCGAUCGCACUACAGGGAUGUUCCACGAGAACUUCGACCCGAGCGACGUCUGCAGGCACGACGUCGUCACGGUGAACUACGAGAGCUUCCACCUCGCGAUGGCCGCGCUCGCGCGGAGACGCGACGAGAUCCGCGAGGAGAAGCGGCGCGAGAGAGAGGAGAAGGACGGGACGAAGCGACGGACGCUGAGCGACGGCACGACGGUGUCGGCGACCCCGAGCGCCGUCGCGGACGCCGAGAGCGACAGAAAGUCGCCGCGAUCCCCGCGCGGGGACGGCGCGUCGGUAAAGCAGUUUGGGAUCGUCGCGCGCCUCAGCGCGCGACUGCGACGAUUCUCCCUCCGGAGUAUACGCGACGAGAUCCGCGAGGAGAAGCGGCGCGAGAGAGAGGAGAAGGACGGGACGAAGCGACGGACGCUGAGCGACGGCACGACGGUGUCGGCGACCCCGAGCGCCGUCGCGGACGCCGAGAGCGACAGAAAGUCGCCGCGAUCCCCGCGCGGGGACGGCGCGUCGGUAAAGCAGUUUGGGAUCGUCGCGCGCCUCAGCGCGCGACUGCGACGAUUCUCCCUCCGGAGUAUGUACGCGCGGAAAGAUCACCGCGACGGCGGCGGCGAGACCGCGCCGCGGACGCCGACCGAGCGCGCGCGCCGUCCCCCCCACUCCCACUCCACGAUGCGAGCCGCGGUGUGGGAUCUGAUGGACAACCCAGGAAGCAGCGAGAGGGCGGCGGCGGUGGCGGCGUUCGUGCUCUUCCUCAUCGUCUACUCCACCGUGACGUUUUGCGUCGAGACGGUGCACGGGGUGUACGACGAUAAUCUCCCGUACGCGUCGUUUUGGUACGUGAGCGAGGCGAUAUGCAUCGCGUUCUUCACGAUAGAAAUCGCGCUGAGGGUGUGGGCGUGCCCGGACCGGAAGAAGUUUUUUCAAAACGUGCUGAACCUGGUGGACGUCGUCGCCGUCGUGCCGUUUUACGUGGACCUCGUCGUCGCCGCCUCGGGGGGCGACGAAGAAGUCGUCGGGCUCAGCGUCGUGCGCGUCGUCAGGCUCGUGCGCGUGUUUCGGCUGCUUAAGCUCGGCGGCGGCGCGCUCGCGAUGUUCGGACGGACGAUGGUGGACUCGUCCAAGCCGUUGGGCACGCUGUUUUUCCUCGUCGCGCUCGCCAUCGUCGUGUCGUCGUCGAUUUUGUAUUUUCUCGAACGCGGACGCUGGAACGAGGACAUGCUGUUCUGGGAGCGGCCGGUCGCGUACUGGUGCGACGUCCACGUGUCGAGCACGACCGCGAUGAGCUCGGCGAGCACGUACAGCGCGGGCGCCACGUCGGACGACUGCAAGUUUAAGACGCUGGGGGACACCGCGUUCUCGGCUGUUUUUUCGUGCCCGUACCGGUACAAAAAGAACCCCAACUGCUCGGGCGAAUACAUGCAGAGUCCGUUCGACUCCAUCGUCGUGUCGUUCUGGUGGGCGUGGACGACGAUGACGUCCGUCGGGUACGGCGACAUCUACCCUCUGAGCAUCGCGGGCAAGUGCGUCGGUGGACUCACGAUGUUUUGCGGCGUGUUGGUCAUCGCGUUGCCCAUAACCAUCAUCGGCGCCAACUUCACGCAGGCGUUCAACGCGAAGCAAAACGCGCUUCGGCUGAAGUUGCGCGCGGAGCGGGGGGCGGCGUACCACGGGAGGAAGAAGAAGCGCGCCGCGUGGACGCAGGGCGUCGAGCGCGCUUCGAGCGGGAGGGAGAGCGUCGACGCGAGGAGCGUGCGUCUGAGCCUCGAGUCGUCGAAGGAGGGAGAGGCGCCGACGACGACGCCGCCGCCGACGACGACGGAGUAGGAACGACCAGGGCGCGCGGUAGUACACGUAGCGACGCGUCAAUAUUAUAUCGUAGCAGAGGAUCC